AUGUUCCGUCCCGCCGCUCGAGCGCUCGCCCGCGCGCCUGCUGUCGCAUCCCGUACCCCGGCGACCAGCCGAUUCAUAAGCACCGGUCCGACCAAGUCGAGAAGCUGGAAGAACACCGUCGUCCGGCUGGGCUUGGCUGGUGGUGCUAUCUACUACUAUAACACGAGCAGUGUCUUCUCCGAGGAGCCGAAGUUCUCUCUCCUCUCUUCCAAAAAGCAAAAUGGCGAUGAUGCCACCUCCCAGACCCUCGACUCCAUUACUCCUAAGAUCCGUCAAGAACGCGCCGCCGCGCAAGCGUCCGAGCCUGCCGCUUUGGAAGGUGGUUUGAACGCCCAGGAGCUUCAGGAAGAGGCUGGCCAGGAGGCCGCAUUCAACCCGGAGACUGGCGAAAUCAACUGGGACUGCCCGUGCCUCGGUGGCAUGGCCCACGGGCCAUGCGGAGAGAACUUCAAGGCUGCGUUCAGCUGCUUCGUCUACUCCGAGGAGGAGCCCAAGGGCAUUGACUGCAUUGAGAAGUUCAAGGCCAUGCAAGAUUGCUUCCGUGAAUACCCCGAUGUCUACGGUGCGGAACUGGAAGACGACGACGAGCCCCAGGGCGACGCUCCAGCCCCCUCCGAACAGACCCCCAUCGCCGCCGAGGUUGAUACCGCCUCUCACCAUGACGAGAAGCAAACCCCCGCCAAGGACGUCAACACCCAAGUGAAGGCCGAGACUGCCGCCCAGGGUGAGAACACCGAGGGCGACUCCCUCGUCCCCAAGGCUGCGUUCGAUGCCGAGGAUAAGAACGAGUCCAGCAAAGCUUAG